CUUCAAGAUGGCUGCGGGGAUGUAUUUGGAACAUUAUCUGGACAGUAUUGAAAAUCUCCCCUUCGAACUGCAGAGAAACUUUCAGCUCAUGAGGGACCUGGACCAAAGAACAGAGGACCUGAAGGCUGAAAUUGACAAGUUGGCCACUGAGUAUAUGAGUAGUGCCCGCAGCCUGAGCUCCGAGGAAAAAUUGGACCUUCUCAAGCAGAUCCAGGAAGCCUAUGGCAAGUGCAAGGAAUUUGGUGACGACAAGGUGCAGCUUGCCAUGCAGACCUAUGAGAUGGUGGACAAACACAUUCGGCGACUGGACACAGACCUGGCCCGUUUUGAGGCUGAUUUGAAGGAGAAGCAGAUUGAGUCCAGUGACUAUGACAGCUCUUCCAGCAAAGAAGGCCGGACUCAAAAGGAGAAGAAAGCUGCCCGUGCUCGUUCCAAAGGGAAAAACUCAGAUGAAGAAGCUCCCAAAGCUGCCCAAAAGAAGUUGAAACUUGUGCGCACAAGUCCUGAGUAUGGGAUGCCCUCAGUGACCUUUGGCAGUGUCCACCCCUCUGAUGUGUUGGAUAUGCCUGUGGAUCCCAACGAACCCACCUAUUGCCUUUGUCACCAGGUCUCCUAUGGAGAGAUGAUUGGCUGUGACAACCCUGAUUGUUCCAUCGAGUGGUUCCACUUUGCCUGUGUGGGGCUGACGACCAAGCCUCGGGGGAAGUGGUUCUGCCCACGCUGCUCCCAGGAACACAAGAAGAAAUAGAUAGGGGCCUUGGAUUCCCAUGGUUUCUUCCACAUCCCUGGACCUGGGCUAGUGGGGAGAGGAAAGCCUGUGCUGGGGCCAGGGGGCUCCGGUAGAGUGGAUGGCGCCGUGUAGUCAUCCCUUCUCCUCCCCUCUCCCCACUCCUGGUGCUGGAGUCCCCACCCAAACCCUGGUAGGGAGGGGUGCCGCAGCCGCUAACCGUCUGUGCUCUCAUUCAGCCUGCCCCCCUCAGAGGGAAGUGGUCUUGGCCACUGUCCUUUUGCCUCUGUGCUGAGGUUGGUGCUGUAUUUCCAAGGGAUGGUCCUCUUCACUCCCCUUGCUUUGUAUUUAAGGACUGGGGCAGUAGCAUGGGGGCACUCCCCAGCUCUCCGGAUUCCCUCCCCCUGUGGGGGGGCUCUGGUGUGAUAAACUCUCUUUGUUCUCUUCCUGCUUUUUCCAUGGUAGGGGAUCCCCCAGAGCAUCUGGGCUGUGGCCUUAGUUGAAGGGGCACCCCUUCCUCUGUGCCAAGAGGAUUCAUCCUGGCCUUGUGAGUGGGAGAGGGGACAAGGUGGAAUGCACAUACACAUGUGUAAAGGAAUUUGAGUAGGUGAAUAAAAGCUAUCCAUGUUAAAAAA